UGUCAGUUAACCUUGUGAGCUGUAAUGGAGCCGAAUUUUGUAACGUUACCUUUGUUAAAUGUUGCUGUUGUCCCUGGCUUCAUAUGAGUAGAGGAAAAGUCUGCUAGCUCCUAGGCUAAUUUAUGCAAUGUAAAAUGCCAUAGGCUUGUGCUAAUAAUGUUAGCAUGUUGUAUUUGUGGGGAAAAUGUGUCCAGAUAAAGACAAGUGUUUGUCUGUGAAUGCUGCAAGUUAUAGUGAAGCUGAUUUGAAAUUGUCUCUAUUAAGCCAUAUUUAAUGUGUGUUUAAUGUGUUUAACACAUGUAACAGAGAACAUAUAAUUGUUUUUAUUUUACACUCAUUUAUCAAGUUAGUCGACAAUAAAACAGUUUUUAGCGUCAUAGUAUUUGUAAACUUGAUAUCAUUAUUAUGAUGUAGUAGUUGUACAGUGAAUUCAGUUUCAUGUAUUUUAUCUGUUUUACACGGGGCAGUGAGUGAAUCGAUGGACAGAAAAGACACCAACUAACUGAUGCAGAAUUAGUGUCCGUGGCCAUCUUAGAAAGAAUUAGGGCUCUUGGUCUAUUCUUACGCUGCCCUACGUGCCUUCAACGUCAUCGCACCCGGAAGUGACAGUCGGAAGGUGAAGCGGUGAGGGUAAACAUGGCUCGCAGUUUGCUGUGCAGAGCUGUCGGUGUGUUUGAGCUCAGCAGGACUUCAGCUCUGCUCACACGGACCCGGUUUUACUCUCAGACUGAACCGGAGCCGCUGACGGUGAGACAGCAAGACAACGGAAUAAGGAGAAUAAUACUGAACAAUCCCAAGAAGAGGAAUGCUCUGUCUCUGUCCAUGCUGGAGUCGCUCAGAGAAAACAUCCUGACUGACGUCGACAGCGAUGACCUCAGAGUUGUUAUCAUAUCAGCCAGAGGUCCAGUGUUUUCCUCAGGACACGACCUGAAGGAGCUGACGUCAGCUCAGGGCAGAGAUUAUCACACCAAGGUGUUUCACACCUGUGCAGAGGUAAUGACUCUGAUACAAGAUAUACCUGUCCCAGUGAUCGCCAUGGUGAACGGUGUUGCCACUGCGGCUGGUUGCCAGCUUGUUGCCAGCUGUGACAUUGCCGUGGUGACAGAGAAGUCCACCUUCGCUACUCCGGGUGUCACCGUGGGUCUGUUCUGUUCAACGCCGGCAGUGGCCAUCGGCAGAGCCGUGCCGAGGAAGGUUGCCAUGGAGAUGCUGUUCACAGGAACUCCCAUCUCCGCCCAUGAUGCUUUGCUGCAUGGUCUGGUCAGUAAGGUGGUGCCAGAGGAACGACUGGAAGAGGAGACAUUAGCCAUCGCUGAGCGGGUGUGUCAGGCGAGCCGACCUGUUGUUGCCCUUGGCAAGGCCACUUUCCAAAGACAAAUGGCUCAAGGUCGAGAUGCAGCGUACGCCACCGCCUCCAAGGUGAUGGUUGAUAACCUGGCUCUUAGAGACGGACAGGAGGGGAUCCGAGCCUUCAUAGAGAAACGCAAACCAGUGUGGAGCAAUAAAGCGGAAAAAGCCCAUGACUGAUGGACUGUUGGAGAGGUUGUCAUCACAGGAGACAGUGAUUAUCCUGACUGGUACAAGUGGUCAGUCACUGGUGUGGAAUAAUUAGCACCAGUCCCAAGUAAACUCACGGUCUGUGCUACUUUUAAAAUGCGGAUGUGUAAUUUGCAAGAUCACAAUGAUUGACGUUUGAAUUGUUGACUUCAUUUUCCCUGAGGAUAUCUUCCUUUUCACUGAGACUAAAGACGAGUAACUGAACCAGUGUGCCUUAAAAGCUGCAGUGUGGUGAUGAGAAGGAAAUGUUCUGUUACCACCCAGAGGACUCGAGAUGUUUAAUGACAUAAUGGACAAAGAAUGCUGCUAUCUGUAUUUGUAUAAUUGUAUAAUUGUAAAUGUAAUAAAUAGGGUUACAAAUUUGUAGAAGUUA